CUCAAGCAUUGGGAGGCCAAAGCCAUUAUAAAAAGCAAACAAUUAGAGAGAGAGAAUCCAAGCAAUGCAACACACAUCCACCCACAUAGAGAAACCUUCUAAAUCCUAAUAUCAAAUUAAGAACAUUCUCUCCCUCCAUUUCAUCUCUUACUUCUUCCUUCAUUUCCUGUCCUUUCCUGUCCUCUUUUUUUGUCAUUGUUGUGUUCUGCUUCUCUUUUCUUUUGAUUAUAGAAGCAGAACAACAGAAUUUGACUCUUUUCGUUCAAGUGGUCUUGUUGUGGUCACCAGGUUCCAGUUUCCCAUUUCAGGAGAAGCACGUUUUGGUAGAUAGAUUAUAGAUAGGGCCUGUUUGGCCUUGUGAAAACCUUUAAAAAAGUUACAUGUUCUGAGAUCUAGCAUAUAUGGUUUUCUUCUCUCUCUAGCUUUCUUUGUUGGGGGGCUUGAGCAAGCUAGAGAGACUGACAUUGUUUUUUGCGUGGCCCAGAAGCAAAACAACAAUACCAAAAAGAAAAUAUUCCUGUUCCUUUACCAAAAUUGAUUGUUUUAUAUAAACCCCUUCUUGAUCUAGUUCACUUCAUCCUUCAUUUCCCAUUUCUCUGUUUUUCUCUGUUCUGUUCCAAUGGAACGCAUUUCUUCAACUACAACUCUCCCAUAUGCAUUCCAAGGGGCUAGGGAUGACAUUACCAUGCAGCUUUCGUUGAUUUGGAGUCAAAUAAAAGCACCAUUGGUUGUCCCUUUGCUGAGAUUAGCAGUGUUUUUUUGUUUGAUCUUGUCGGUGAUGAUGUUCAUUGAGAGGGUUUACAUGGGGGUUGUCAUUACUCUGAUCAAGGUGUUUGGUAGAAAGCCAGAGAAGCGUUACAAAUGGGAGCCAAUGAAGGAUGACAUUGAGUUGGGAAACUCUUCUUACCCAAUGGUUCUUGUUCAAAUCCCCAUGUACAAUGAAAGAGAGGUUUAUCAACUCUCAAUUGGAGCUGGAUGUGGGCUUUCUUGGCCUUCAGAUAGGAUCAUUAUACAAGUCCUUGAUGACUCCACUGAUCCAACAAUCAAGGAGCUGGUGCAGCUGGAAUGCCAAAGAUGGGCAAGCAAAGGAGUGAACAUAAAGUAUGAGGUGAGGGACAACAGGAAUGGAUACAAAGCAGGGGCAUUGAAAGAAGGCAUGAAACAUAGCUACGUGAAGCAAUGUGAUUUUGUUGCUAUCUUUGACGCUGAUUUUCAGCCAGAGCCUGAUUUCUUGUGGCGCACUGUGCCAUUCUUGGUGCACAAUCCUCAACUCGCCCUCAUUCAGGCUCGGUGGAAAUUUGUGAAUUCAGAUGAAUGUUUAAUGACAAGAAUGCAAGAGAUGUCACUGGAUUACCAUUUUACUGUGGAACAAGAAGUGGGGUCUUCCACUUAUGCCUUCUUUGGCUUCAAUGGGACUGCUGGAAUAUGGAGAAUUUCGGCGCUGAAUGAAGCUGGUGGGUGGAAGGAUAGGACCACAGUGGAAGAUAUGGACCUGGCUGUACGAGCAAGUCUCAAAGGAUGGAAAUUCCUAUACUUGUCUGACUUGAAGGUUAAAAAUGAAUUGCCAAGUACUCUCAAGGCCUACCGCUACCAACAGCACCGUUGGUCUUGUGGACCAGCCAAUCUGUUCAAGAAAAUGGUCUUGGAGAUUGUAAGAAACAAGAAAGUGUCAUUGUGGAAGAAGAUACAUGUGAUUUACAGUUUUUUCUUUGUUCGGAAAGUCGUAGCACACAUCAACACAUUUGUGUUCUAUUGCAUCAUAUUACCUGCAACAGUUUUGGUGCCUGAGGUUGUGGUUCCAAAAUGGGGAGCUGUUUACAUCCCUUCUGUUAUCACAAUUCUAAAUGCAGUUGGAACUCCAAGGUCACUACAUUUAAUGGUCUUCUGGAUUCUCUUUGAAAAUGUUAUGUCUCUGCAUCGAACAAAGGCAACGAUUAUCGGUCUACUCGAGGCUAGUCGAGUGAAUGAAUGGAUUGUCACUGAAAAGCUUGGAGAUGCUCUCAAGGCUAAAGCAGGAGGUAAAGCACCCAAGAAGCCUAGAUUCAGGGUUGGAGACAGGGUUCACAUGUUAGAACUUGGUGUUGGAUUCUACCUCUUCUUUUGUGGCUGCUAUGAUGUUAUGUUUGGGAAAAACCACUACUUCAUCUACCUAUUUAUCCAAGCAUUUGCCUUCUUCAUCAUGGCAUUUGGAUAUGUUGGCACCUUUGUUCCCAACUCCUAGAAGCACUUGGCAAUUCUUCAUUUAGCAAUUUCAGCUUCUGUGGUUUCCUGAUACCAACACAUUGUAUUAUAGUGUGUUUUUUAGCAUAGUUCUGGCAAAUUACAGCUUGAUAGUAUAAAUGAAAAGGUGGUCAUUCUUUAAGGUUUUGCAUAAUCAGAGGCAGCGACUCUGAAGAGUUAGUUUUCUUGUGAAUAACCAGCAAAGAUACAUAAGUAAAUCAUGGAAGUUCUUCUCAUGGAAGAGAAGUAUACACAACAAGAACUCAGCAAUGUACUGGGAUUGGUCCUCCAGGAAGCAUACUUCUUUGAGUGGAUGGAUUGUUUAUAAGAUUUUUUGUAGCUCUUUUUUUUUUAUUUCUUUACACUGUAUUUGUUUGAAGAAAAUAAGUAAGUUCAAGGAAUGGAUAAAAUACACAGUUCCAUUUGCAUCUCCUA